AUGAAUCGAGCAAGCUGUUUAUUGCUACUAGUAGCUCUCUUUGCAACUGCAUAUUCAAAAGAUUAUUUUACUGAAAAAUUUGAAGAUAAAAGUUAUGAAGAUCGAUGGGUUCAAUCAACAGCUAAACCUGAUUUAGGUGCAUUCAAAUUAUCCCAUGGUAAAUUCUAUGGUGAUGCUAAGAAAGAUCUUGGUAUUCAAACAUCUGAAGACGCUCGUUUUUAUGGUUUAUCAGCUAAAUUCGAUGAAUUCUCGAAUGAAGGCAAAACACUUGUUAUUCAAUUCACCGUUAAACACGAACAAAAAAUUGAUUGUGGUGGUGGUUAUGUUAAAGUUUAUCCAGCCGGUACUGAUCAAGUUGGUCUUACUGGUGAUUCACCAUAUCACAUCAUGUUUGGACCUGACAUUUGUGGUUAUAGUACCAAAAAAGUCCAUGUUAUCUUUACAUACAAAGGAAAAAAUUUAUUAAUCAAAAAAGAUAUUAAAUGUAAAGAUGAUGAACUUACACAUCUCUAUACAUUGAUCCUCAAUUCAGACAAUACAUAUGAAGUUCGUAUUGAUAAUGAAAAAGUUGAAAGUGGUAAACUUGAAGAAGAUUGGGACUUUACUGCACCAAAACGAAUUCCAGAUCCAGAAGCUAAAAAACCAUCUGACUGGGUUGAUGAUGAAAAAAUCGAUGAUCCAACUGAAACUAAACCAGGUGAUUGGGAUAAACCAGAACAUACUGCUGAUCCAGAAGCCAAAAAACCAGAAGAUUGGGAUGAUGAAAUUGAUGGAACAUGGGAACCACCAAUGAUUGAUAAUCCAGAUUACAAAGGUGUUUGGAAAGCUCGUCAAAUUGAUAAUCCAGCUUAUAAAGGAGCAUGGGUACAUCCAGAAAUCGACAACCCAGAAUAUAUUGAAGAUGCAAAUCUUUAUUUAUUUAAAGAUCUUGGUGUCAUUGGUUUUGAUUUAUGGCAAGUUAAAUCAGGUACUAUCUUUGAUAACGUACUUAUCACUGAUAGUGUUCAACGAGCUGAAGAAUUCGGUAAUGAAACAUGGGGAAAAACUAAAGACCCCGAAAAGAAAAUGAAAGAUGAACAAGACGAAGUUGAACGAAAGAAGGAAGAAGAAGACCGCAAAAAGAGUGAAGCUGAACAAGCAACGAAAAAAUCAGAUGAUGAUGAUGAAUCCGAUGCUGAUGACACAAAAUCACCUCAUGCUGAUGAUGAACUAUAA